UAAUGGUAACCUCAAACUUAAGCAGAUAUACCAGAGUCAGCUGGAGUCAUUUCCCUCGAUAUUCUCUCACUCUUCCUUCUUAUAAUUAUUCAUCUUUCACUUCAACGCUCAACACAACAACUCCCAUUUCUGUUUUCCUCAACGCCAAAAGAUUAUCAUCCGUUUCAGCCAUGGAUAAGGAAUUCCCGUUGGGAUUAGAUGAAGUUUCGGAGAAGGAAUAUGCAACUCAAUCUAACUUACUUAACGAAUUCACCAGCAUCUCUAACAUCGACAAGGCGUGGGUUUUUAAAUCUGACACUGAUCUCACUGCUUCUCAGGGAAUGUUCUGUGUUAGUCAACCGAACCUUUUGGCCAACAAGAGAAGGAAAUUCGUUCUGUCGUCUAACAUUUCGAAGCAAAGUAAUGAUUCUGUAACAUUUGAGUGGUCUCCAUUUCCGUUUGAGAUGUCUGGGGUUUCUGUUAUGGUUCCCUCGCCUUCUGGCUCCAAACUUCUAAUUGUUCGAAAUCCCGAGAAUGAAGGUCCUUCCCGCUUUGAAAUAUGGAGUUCCUCUUACCUCCUAAGGGAGUUCCAUAUCCCCCAAUCCAAACAUGGUUCAGUGUACACUGAUGGAUGGUUUGAGGGAAUCUCUUGGAACUCGGAUGAAACUCACAUAGCAUAUGUAGCUGAAGAGCCAUCCCCUGUGAAGCCUGCAUUCAAUGAUGUCGGCGGCUAUAAGAAAGGUGGUUCUUCAGAUAAGGAUUGUGGUACCUGGAAAGGUCAAGGGGAUUGGAAGGAAGAAUGGGGAGAAACAUAUGCUGGAAAGAGGCAGCCUGCGCUUUUCGUCAUAAACAUCACUAGUGGAGAGGUACAAGCCGUCAAAGGAAUUGACAAAUCUUUGAGUGUUGGACAAGUUGUGUGGGCUCCAUCAACUGAAGGAUCUUCACAAUAUUUGGUUUUUGUUGGAUGGUCAUUUGAGACAAGAAAACUUGGUAUGAAGUAUUGCUAUAACAGGCCCUGUGCAUUAUAUGCUGUUAAAGCACCACACCAUGAGUCAAAAGCUAAUGAGACUGAGGUUCAUUCAACAGAAGAUGUUCUGGCUCUUAACCUGACUCAAACUAUAAAUAGCGCUUUCUUUCCAAGGUUCAGCCCAGAUGGAAAGUUUCUUGUAUUUUUAUCUGCAAGAACUUCAGUUGAUUCUGGAGCCCACUCUGCUACAAAUUCACUUCAUAGAAUGGAUUGGCCUAGGGAUACGAAGCUUUAUCAAUCUGCAAAAGUUCAUCAUGUGAUUCCAGUUGUGUUGUGUGCUGAGGAUGGCGGCUUCCCUGGGCUUUACUGUCCAAGUGUCCUUAGUGAUCCAUGGCUUUCUGAUGGCUACACUUUGAUUAUAGCCUCUGUCUGGCACAGCAGUCAAGCUUUACUUUCUGUCAAUGUAUUGAGUGGAGAAAUAUUACGUAUCACCCCUGCCGACUCAAAUUUCUCGUGGAGUCUCCUUACGUUGGAUGGGAACAAUAUUCUUGCUGUUUCAAGCAGUCCAGUAGAUGUUCCUCAAAUCAAGUAUGGAAUCAUUGUUAAGAAGGCAGCUGAUAAUAAUGAAUGGAGUUGGUCAGAUGUAUCAAAUCCUAUAUUUAAAUGCUCUGACAAGGUUAGAUCUUUGAUGUCCUCUCUUAUGUUCAGUGUAAUGAAGAUCUCAGUCAAGGAUGCUUCUGAAAGUUUAACAAAAGGUGCUAGUAAACCUUUUGAAGCUAUAUUUGUGUCAUCAAAAACUAAGAAAAGUGAUGCAUGUGAUCCACUAAUUGUGGUCCUUCAUGGGGGUCCACACUCUGUCUCAUUGUCAAGCUUUUCAAAGCCAUUGGCUUUUCUUUCUUCACUUGGAUAUAGCUUGUUGAUGGUAAACUACAGAGGCUCACUGGGAUUUGGUGAGGAAGCCUUACAAUCUCUUCCGGGGAAAGUUGGAUCUCAGGAUGUCAAUGACGUACUCAAUGCUAUUGAUCAUGUCAUUAACUUGGGACUUGCCAGUCCAUCAAAGAUUGCAGUGCUUGGUGGUUCACAUGGUGGCUUUCUGACAACCCAUUUGAUUGGCCAGGCACCAGAGAAGUUUGUUGCAGCAGCUGCUAGAAAUCCUGUUUGUAACAUUGCACUGAUGGUUGGUAUAACUGAUAUCCCUGAUUGGUGCUUUGUGGAGGCCUAUGGAACCACAGGCAGAGACAGGUUUACUGAAGCACCUUCAACAGAGGAUCUGACUCUAUUUUAUAGCAAGUCUCCUAUUUCACACCUCUCAAAGGUAAAAACGCCAACGCUUUUCCUAUUAGGUGCCCAAGAUCUUCGUGUUCCAAUUUCGACUGGACUGCAGUAUGCUCGGGCUUUAAAGGAGAAAGGAGUAGAGGUUAAAGUUAUCGUGUUUCCAAAUGAUGUUCAUUCAAUUGAAAGACCGCAAUCCGACUUUGAAAGCUUCCUUAACAUUGGGGUAUGGUUCAACAAAUACUGCAAAUGAUGAGCAGCAUUUCAAGACCAGUGACUCAAUCAUGUGCUACGGAGCAGACUGUAUUUUAUAUUUAAAAAAGAAUCUGGAGCACACCAUAUUUGUCAUAUGGCUACAUUUAUUAAAAAAAAAAAAACAUUUACUGAAGGUCAUAAUUGCUUUGGGUUAUGAAGAGGAGAAGACAUUUUUUGUUUUUUGUUUUAACUUAAUGACCCUAACUAUCCCUAUGGGCAAGUCAAAUCCCCAUGUAUUUUUCAGAAUUAGUGUGUGAACCAGCAGGAUUGUUUUGUGUGUCAAAUUGUCAAUCUCCAAACCCUUGAUCAAGGGCAAUGGCAUUU